AUGAUGGACUUGUUUGAUCAUAUAAUUGUCCGCCUUUUCGUUUCCUUUUUCCGGAACAGAUCUUUUCCGGGUGCUGAAAAUCCGACUUCGAAUUUCGGAAACAUCAUGGGUUUCGUGAAAGUUCUUAAGAACAAGUCGUACUUCAAGAGAUACCAGGUAAAAUACAGGAGGCGUCGCGAAGGAAAGACCGAUUAUUUUGCUAGGAAGCGGCUGGUGGUGCAGGAGAAGAACAAAUACAACACCCCGAAGUAUCGUCUGAUCGUCCGCAUUACGAACUCCAAAGUCGUUGCGCAGAUCGCAUAUGCUCGCAUCGAAGGAGAUGUCGUUGUGUGCUGUGCGUACAGCUCCGAACUCCCAAGGUACGGCGUGAAAGUUGGUCUGACGAACUAUGCUGCUGCAUAUUGUACUGGACUCUUGAUAGCGCGUAGAAUAUUGAAAAAGUUGAACAUGGAUGGCAUAUACGCGGGUCAAACUGAAGUCGACGGAGACGAAUACAAUGUCGAAGAAAUUUCCGGUAGCCCUGCACCUUUCAGGUGUCAUUUGGAUACUGGACUUACUAGGACAUCGACGGGAGCGAAGAUCUUCGGUGUUCUCAAGGGUGCGGUCGAUGGGGGAUUGUUGAUCCCGCACAGCCUGAAGCGGUUCCCUGGGUUUGACAAAGAAUCCGAAGAAUUCAACGCGAAGGUGCACAGAGAUCAUAUCUUCGGCCUCAAUGUCGCUGAAUAUAUGCGUUCUUUGCUGUCAUCGGACGAAGAUGCAUACAAACGUCAAUUUUCCCAGUUCAUCAAGAACGGAAUCACUGCCGAUGACAUGGAAGAAAUGUACAAGAAGGCGCAUAAUUUGAUCCGGGAGAAUCCGAGCCUGAUCAAAUCAGAGAAGAAGUUCACCGGAAAGCAGAAGCGUUUCAACAAGAAGAAGCUUACGUUGAAACAGUUCAAGUCAAAGGUCGCGCAGAAAAAGGCGCAUUUUUCGAAAUUGCUGGACAAGGAGGAAGUGAAGACCUUGCACGAUAUCAGGGCCUAAAAAUUGUUAACUCUGUCGCCUUGAGCUGUCCAGAGAAUGAAGAGUUUUCCCUGAGAAA